GUCCGCUGGAAGUUCCGGCCUGAAGCUCUGAAGCCUGGCAGCUGAGGGGUCCUCCCGGCGGGUCGGGCUCCACCUAAGACGGCGGCGACAGGGGGGAAAUUUUGGCAUGGCGGCAGCAAGCAACAGGAGCCGCAGCUCUGGGGGUCGCGCCUAAACACGUCCACCGUCUAUCGUGGUUGUUCACAACUGGACCCCCUUGACCUUCUCCUGACUUGCCAACCCCCCUCCCCUACCUUGUCUGCAACCACCAUCCAAACGAGCCAUUCGAGAAACCGCCGCUCUUGAGCUGAGAACUUGAGCAGCUCCCAAGAUGGCGAUGAAUCUGGACCUGUCGAACGCUGUGGUCACAAAGGACGAGCAAGGAAGGCCGUUCAUUGUUGUCCGAGACCAGGGCAAGAAAAAGAGGCAGUUCGGCAACGAAGCCGUCAAGUCGCACAUCCUCGCUGCACGGACGGUCGCAAACAUCGUCAAGAGCUCCCUUGGUCCCCGUGGCCUCGACAAGAUCCUCAUCUCCCCGGAUGGAGACAUCACAGUCACAAACGAUGGUGCCACCAUCCUGCAGCAGAUGGAAAUCACAAACCACGUCGCCAAGUUACUCGUCGAGCUUUCUAAAUCACAAGAUGACGAGAUAGGCGACGGUACCACCGGUGUCGUUGUCCUGGCCGGUGCCCUGCUCGAGCAGGCCGCGGAGCUGAUUGACAAGGGAAUCCACCCAAUUCGGAUCGCCGACGGCUACGACCAGGCCUGUGACAUCGCAGUUUCGGAGCUGGACAAGAUCGCCGACACCAUCGACUUCAGCAAGGAGCAGACUGAGAACCUCUUCAAGGUCGCGAGGACGAGUCUGGGCAGCAAGAUCGUUUCCAAGGCACAUGAUCAAUUCGCAAAGAUCGCCGUCGAUGCCAUCAUGUCCGUCGCCGACCUCGAACGAAAAGACGUCGACUUCGAGCUGAUCAAGGUGGAUGGUAAGGUGGGUGGCUCGCUUGAGGACACGCUUCUGGUCAAGGGCGUCAUCGUCGACAAGGACUUUUCCCACCCACAGAUGCCUUCCGAGGUCCGCGACGCCAAGAUCGCCAUCCUGACAUGCGCAUUUGAGCCCCCAAAGCCAAAGACUAAGCACAAGCUGGACAUCACAACGGUGGAGGAGUUCAAGAAGCUACAGAACUACGAGCGGGAGAAGUUCAUCGAGAUGAUCCAACAGAUCAAGGACACUGGCGCCAACUUGGCGAUAUGCCAGUGGGGUUUCGACGACGAGGCGAACCACCUGCUCCUGCAGAACGAACUCCCAGCUGUGCGGUGGGUUGGAGGGCCGGAGAUUGAGCUUAUUGCCAUUGCGACAAACGGCAGAAUAGUACCCAGGUUUGAGGACUUGAAGGCCGAGAAGCUGGGACACGCCGGUAUUGUGCGCGAGAUGUCUUUUGGCACAACCCGGGAGAAGAUGCUCGUCAUCGAGGACUGCGCCAACACACGGGCUGUCACAGUGUUUGUCCGUGGCAGCAACAAGAUGAUUAUCGACGAAGCCAAGCGCUCCCUCCACGACGCUCUCUGCGUAGUCCGCAACCUUGUCCGCGACAACCGCGUCGUCUAUGGUGGCGGUGCUGCUGAGAUCGCUUGCUCGCUGGCAGUCGAGGACGCAGCCGUCAAGACGCCAGGCCUGGAGCAAUACGCCAUGCGCGCCUUCUCUGAGGCUCUCGACUCUGUGCCCAUGGCCCUUGCCGAGAACAGCGGCCUGAACCCGAUCGCCACCCUGGCCGAGAUCAAGUCGCAGCAGGUAAAGGCUGGCGGCGAUCGCGGCAAGCUCGGCGUCGACUGCAUGCAGAGGGGCAGCAACGACAUGAAGGACGCAUUCGUCAUCGACCCGCUCAUCAGCAAGAAGCAGCAGCUCAUGCUCGCCACACAGCUGUGCAGGAUGGUGCUCAAGGUGAACAACGUCAUUGUCAGCGGGAGCGGGGAGGACGACUUCUAGACGGGAACGAGAGCGACGGCGAAAAGACGAGCAGCUGUGGAGGAUCAAUGUAUGUGUAUGGCUGGCAAUUGUACAGACCAGGUGCCUCGCGUGUGGGUAACAUCAGGACACAUCAAUAGAUGAUCAGCGUAAAUCUAUAGAUACCAAAACUGCAAAGCCAAAAUCUCGACG